UUUCAUCUUCAAUUUUCUUUUUCUUAACCCCAAAUAAAGCCACUCGUAUCCAUUUUCGAUCCUUCAACGCUCAAAUUACUGCUUCAUUUCACCAUCUUCCAACCUCGAUUCCUUCUCACUCUGUCAUUUCUCUUUACCUCGUAUUUGUAAGGUUUUCUUUUUAGGGCUUCGCAGCAGAAUCCCCUAGACAGCCAUGGAUUGGGGCAACGUUACAGCGGAGGAUCUGGUCGACGCCCUCCGCGAGGUCGACUGGUCGUCACCACCGCGCCCUCUCUCGGAAUUCUUCUCCAGAUUCACCUUCCCCCGAUCUUACGCCAAAUGGAAUAGCCGCCUCAAAUGCAAUCUCUACUACUAUCGAACCAACUACUUCAUUAUGAUAAUAUUCAUUCUUGGAUUGGGUUUUCUUCGGAGGCCACUUGCUCUUGUAGCUGCUUUUCUGACAGCACUUAGCAUUGCUUUUCUGAAUGAUAGCUUUGCAGGUACUUUUAGUGAGAAGGUAACAAGAACAGUAAGGCAAUUCUCCCCACACUUAGCUGCAAAGAUGAGGCCUCCUCCUACGCCUGUUAUUCGUGGACGUCCAUCAGCUAAAAGAGCAAUAUAUAUUUGUGGUCGGCCUCGUUGGGUGUUUGUUUUGAUAUUCUCUACUGUGAGUUUCUUCCUCUGGUUUGUUUCCUGUGGUCUCUUAAUGGUCCUAUGGGCUCUUGCCAUUGGACUACUUGCCACCAUCCUGCAUGCAAGUUUUAGAACACCUAAUUUGAAAGCACGUUUGAACACAUUCCGUGAGGAAUUUCGUGCGGUUUGGCGUAAUUAUAGUGAGCUGUAGCUUACAUGGAGUUUGUAGAAUGUUGGGGAUGGUUUUGAUUCUGAAGGUCAUUCAAGUUGUUAUUUUUAAUUUGGGAUCAGCUACUGCCACUUUGGGUAUAAAAUAAUAUCACUUCGCUGGACGGGGUUCUUAGGCAAAAACUGCUGACAUAUACAGAUCACCGAGUUGUAUAUUGACUGGAACUAAAAUUUCUGUAGCAGACUGUUUUGAUUUCUUACUCGGUAUGUAGAAGAAAACAUGGAGCAUUAGAAUGCAGAGAGGACAGAUGUUCUCGGGAUACCUGGGCACGCGGUAAAUGCGCACCCUACUUUGUGUAGAAUUUGAUCUUUGGUUAAUAGAAAUUAGUAGUAAAAGUUGCCUGUA